UAAAGCACCCUAUAAGAUGCAGGUGAUGGACGUAGCUAGGGUUUUGGUAAGUGAAGCCGAGAAGCAGAGUGCAGAGAAGCCCCGCCGCCACUCAGCCAAAAAUGGGUAUCUCUCGGGACUCCAUGCACAAGAGGCGGGCCACUGGUGGCAAGAAGAAGGCCUGGAGGAAAAAGCGAAAGUACGAGUUGGGUCGUCAGCCAGCCAACACAAAAAUUUCAAGCAACAAAACAGUGAGGAGAAUCCGUGUGAGAGGAGGCAAUGUCAAGUGGAGAGCCCUGAGACUGGACACAGGGAAUUACUCAUGGGGUAGCGAGGCUGUCACCCGCAAGACCCGUAUCCUUGAUGUGGUCUACAAUGCCUCGAACAACGAGCUUGUGAGAACACAGACCCUGGUAAAGAGUGCAAUUGUUCAGGUUGAUGCGGCUCCAUUUAAACAGUGGUACCUCCAGCAUUAUGGUGUCGAGAUUGGUAGGAAGAAGAAGACAGCUGCCAAGAAAGAAGCUACUGAGGAGGGCGAAGAGCCUGCGGAGGAAACAAAGAAGAGCGCUCAUGUCUUGAGGAAGCUUGAGAAGCGCCAGAAUGACCGUAAACUUGAUCCACACAUCGAAGAACAAUUUGGAUCUGGUAGGUUGAUGGCUUGCAUUUCUUCCCGACCAGGUCAAUGUGGCAGAGCUGAUGGGUAUAUUCUGGAGGGAAAAGAGCUGGAAUUCUACAUGAAGAAGAUCCAGAGGAAGAAGGGCAAGGCGGGAGCUGGUGCAGCUUGAGUGUACCAUUUUUAUUGUUUUUCUCUACCAUUUUGAAGAGCUUGUUUUGGAUUAUAAUUUUUUUGAUCCCUUCUUCCGGAACUGCUAAGUUGAGGCCUCUGUGGCCAAAAUGUCAUUUUUGUAGCUUGUCUUUCAGACUAUGAGAUUACUAUUCUCUUGC